GCUGUUCCGCCGCCGGACGAGCGGAGGGCCCAGCCGCCGGCUUCUACCUCGUAUCCGGUGUGGUGGGUGGUUGUGUGGAUGUGGAGUUCAUUUUCCUUGUAGCUGGAUGGCGUACGCCAUGUUCGGGUCGAGGAGGGUGGACGACGAGAUGGCGCUCAACAGGCAGCGGACCGUAAGAUUCCAAGAGGAGAGGGCGAAGCCAACCAUGCCUGUUUACCAGAAGCAGCCUGGGCUAGCCGCUCGUAAGCUUGGCGUGGGGAAUUCAGGGAAGAGCAGGAUUUUUGUAGCACGGCCUGAUCUUCACUACAAGAUUAUUGACCCGACAAGCGAUUUCAUCCUGAUGUGGAACUAUGUCUUCCGCAUCGCAUGCUUCGUUGCUCUGUUUAUGGACCCUCUCUACUUCUAUGUACCUAGAAUCGUCAAUGAAGCUCGCACUCAGUGCGUCGGGAAAGACAGACACCUGGCUACCAUCAUUACUGUCUUCCGGUCAACUGCCGAUCUUUUUUAUGUCGUCCAGAUUGUGAUAAAGUUCAUGACUGCGUAUAUUAAUCCGCGCUCCAAGUUGGGAGUUUUUGGCCGGGGAGACCUUGUUACAGAUCCUAAUGAAAUUGCAAAGAACUAUAUCAGAUCUGACUUUGCAAUUGAUUUGGUGGCUUCAUUGCCUAUACCACAGAUCAUUACUUGGUCUGUGAUACCAGCUAUUAAAUAUUCUUGGUCUGGUCAUAACAAUGACAUGCUGUUUCUGGUUGCUCUUUUUCAGUACAUUCUAAGGUUAUAUCUUAUAGUUUCCUUGAAUGGUAAAAUUGUCAAAGUUACAGGAGCUUUUUCGAAGACUGCCUGGCAAGGAGCUGUAUCCAAUCUGCUGUUAUACAUGACUGCUAGCCAUGUUUUAGGAGCAUUGUGGUACUUGCUAUCUGUUGAUCGCCAGACUGCAUGCUGGCAACAAUAUUGCCGUGAUGAACCUAGUUGUCAUAAUAAAUACCUAGCUUGUAACGUGAAGCCAGAUCCAAUUUGGGCAAAUAGCACUGUUAUCUUUACAAAUUGUGAUGCUAGUAACAAAACUGGCAAUUUCGAUUAUGGUAUGUUUGAGACAUUGUUAUCAAACAAAACUCCCAGCCAGAGAUUCCUGAGGAAGUAUGUCUAUUGCCUUUGGUGGGGCUUACAGAAUCUAAGUUGCUAUGGCCAGACAUUGACUGUGAGUACCUAUAUUGGCGAGACAUUAUAUGCUAUAUUUUUGGCGGUGCUUGGUCUUGUUUUGUUUGCCCAUUUGAUUGGGAAUGUUCAGACCUACCUACAAUCUAUCACCGCAAGGGUUGAGGAAUGGAGAGUAAAGCAAAGAGAUACCGAAGAGUGGAUGAGACAUCGCCAACUUCCUCAUGAACUACGAGAAAGGGUGAGAAGAUUUAUUCAUUACAAGUGGCUUGCAACUCGAGGUGUGGAUGAAGCAUCUAUCCUGAAGGCUCUUCCCACAGAUCUUCGUCGGGACAUCAACCGUCACCUUUGCUUGGAUCUUGUUCGCCGGGUCCCAUUCUUCUCACAGAUGGAUGAUCAACUUCUGGACGCCAUCUGUGGGCGUCUUGUAUCUUCCUUGAGUACAAAGGGCACAUACACUGUCCGUGAAGGUGAUCCAGUCACCGAAAUGCUCUUUAUCAUUCGUGGGAAGCUGGAAAGCUCCACCACAGAUGGUGGCCGGACAGGCUUCUUCAAUUCAAUCAUCCUGAAAUCUGGUGAUUUCUGUGGCGAAGAAUUGCUUGGAUGGGCUCUUGUCCCCAGGCCUACUGUCAACCUGCCAUCAUCCACCAGGACGGUGAAGGCACUUGUUGAAGUGGAGGCGUUUGCUCUCCAAGCUGAGGACCUCAAGUUUGUUGCCAGUCAGUUCAGGCGGCUCCACAGCAGGAAGUUACAGCACACUUUCCGCUACUACUCUCACCACUGGAGGACCUGGGCCGCAUGUUUCAUUCAAGCUACUUGGCGCCGUCAUAAGAGGAGGAAGCUGGCCAAGGACCUUAUGAUGAGGGAGUCGUUCUCCUCCAUGAGAGAAGAUGAAGACGACGCUUUCCCUGAGCACAAUCUUGCUCGGAAAAUCAUGACUGCAGCCAGGAAAGGACCUGACAGCCAUAGAGAACUGCCAAAGUUUAGGAAGCCCUCCGAACCGGACUUCUCAGUAGAGCAUGAGGACUAAGAAGAAAGGUGAUAUAUUAUUUGCUACUGCUGACUCUGCUGCAUGCCUUCCUUGAUCUGCAAAUAUGUACCGAGCUGGGGCUGAACAUCAGAAUUAACUGAUUGUUCAUGCGAGAAAAUUGGUCGAAUUGAACUUGGGAGUCUCCUUACUUGUGACGAAACACCAGUGGUGGAACGGCAGACUGCCUGAUUGGAUUUCUGGUUUUUUGAGACCAAAAGAAUGAGGGUAGUGCUUGUUGAUUUGUUUUAGGAAACGAAAGUGCAACUUAAUGUUGCUGUGCGUAGGUUAGCUUUAGGCUCAUUCUGUACAUCCAGAUGUAAUUAUGCUUGUGUUUUUUUUGCGACCUCACAGGUGCACAUUAUUGCUGUAUUGACUGGCCGAGGAAAUUCUAACGCAUCGGCUAGGGUUCCUAGUGUUGGUGGUGUGUGAA